AGUAGACCUGAGAGGUAUUCAAUUAUCUCGACUAAUGCCUCAAGGAAAAUAGGGUGGACUUGCGCACGAAAGUCCAGCUUUAGUGGAAGUUGCAACCAUGAACAACCCUUACGCGCCCAAGCGCAGCGCUUACGGCCCGUGGCCGCUCAAUCAAUUCAGCGAAGAGUUCAGGCUGCUGGAACUCCGACCCGGCAGGCUCUCUGAUCCCAUCAAAUGCAGCACCCGAGUAUACUCACUUCAUUCGAGACUGCCAGAAUUCACUGCGUUAUCAUACACGUGGGGCUCAGUCAUCGCUUCCAUCGAUAUCGAACUAAAUGAUGUGCCUUUCGCAGUUGGUCGCAAUCUGUGGACUUUCCUAGAAGAGAUGCGGUCGCAAAAGCAGUAUCGUAUGUACUGGAUCGAUGCUAUCUGUAUCAAUCAGAGCAACGAAUACGAACGAAGCCAUCAGAUUCCGAUCAUGCGCCGGAUAUAUCGCAGAGCCACUUCAGUCUCCAUCUGGCUGGGCGAUUUCUACGACCUGUCCUAUCUGAACCGCGGCAUGGAGUUUCUCAUAGAGCGCACACCUAAUCCCUUUCUUAUAGAACAAGAGGCAGAAUUUGGCACCGAACCACAAGCAAAAGGCAUCAUCGAAUUAUGCGAUAAAAGAUACUGGCGUAGAGUCUGGAUCAUACAAGAGGUCAUGCUCGCAAGACAGUGCACGAUAUGGUGUGGCAACAUGCGUACUGAGUUGGGAAGUUUGUGGGCUCUGGCCAAUCAAGUGCGAGGGUGGUAUCAGCACUUCACGGGAAGUCGCUUGCGCUUACCUCGUACACUUCUUGAUUCUCCGGCAGCUAUCAUAGUUUUUGCGAAAGCGGAGCGAGAUGACCGCUAUCAGAGCGUUGGUGGCUCUGGUGAACGCCAACCCGCAUGCUUAAUGGGCUUGCUAGAAACGUAUCGCCAUCAAGAAGCCACGAACGUUCUAGACAAAGUGUACGCUUUACAAGGGCUAGCACACGACGCUGAGGAUAUAGAGAUCGACUACAGCAUUUCCCCAGAGGGAUUAGCCAUGAAACUGCUGCGUCAUGCAUGCCGGACGAUGGAUACAUUCCUCGAACUCGUUGAGAGGAGGAGGCAGCUCAUGGAAAUUGGCGAGAUGCUUGCUCAGGUUCUAAACAUUGAAUGGUCUAAAGACGAGAUUCGGUUUGGGGUGACGUUAAUCGAUGACUGAAAUGUACAACGGUCAAAAGCAACAGCCAUGGGAUCGAGCUCUCAUCAUUUCCAUACCACGAGACAUUUCUGACAUUGCAUUCUAUAGACGGC